UUCAUCAGCAAUUGUAAUUAAAACAAAACAUAUCCUAUUGUCAAAUAGCCCUACAAAUUAACUGGAUAUAAUCUUCAUUUUUAUUAAAUGGUAUUAGUGUCUUAAACAAUAAGGAUAUUAGCAAUUAUUAUUUUAUUGAUUCUCGCCUAACUCAUUCCAUUUAUAGCAUUGGACGGAGACUUUUAAAUAGCCAGAAUUGUAUAUACUAUAAUUAUUUCAUUGAUUUAUUUAAUUGUACUUUAUAAUCCAUCAUUUCUUUCAAAAUAUAUUUCUCAUUAUGUAACACUAACAUCUAUAGCCAUCAACAUAAUAGGCUAUGUUUCUCUCUAAGCAUUUGAGUCUAGAUUAUCUUAAGGCACAAAUUAAGAAACUUAAAAUUAUUAGUAAAGUGAUUGCAAUAAGUAAAUUUAAAACAUUUUGAGUUAUGAUGAGUAAACGAUAAACGAAUUGAGCAUAAAUUUAAGGUAUUAUAUUGGUACAUUAAAUAUAAUCAAUUUUUUUCCAGGGAUUAAUCAAUUUCAUAGAAUUAUAAGUCUUUCUGUAUCAGUUGUACUAUGGACAUUUUAAUAAGGAGGUGUAUUAACAAGGUUAAUGUCAGUAUCAUUUUUAAUUGAGAUUUUCCUUUUAUAUUAUCAUAUGAAUGUAAUAGAAAGAAUUCUAAAUGAAAAAUUAGUAGGCUUGAAUAGAAAAAAUUAAUAAGAUAAUAGAUAAAAUAGUGCCGAUUAAGGAUUAAACACUCUUCAGUCUGGUGAUUAAAGAAAUGUUGGUGAAAUACAGCAGAUUCUAUAUUAAGCCAACUUUAAAUCUACUGGUAGAAAAAAAUGGAAGAUUGAUGAUAUCUUAUUUGAGAGAGACUCUAUUUAUGAAAUAAUAAAAAAAUUUGCAAAUUUUAAUAUGAUUAUUUAUACUUCUGAAAUGAAAGUCAAAUUUAUGACUUAAAGUCUUAGAAAAUUUUUAGUUAGUAUAGAAAAUAAUUUAAAGUUAGAUGAGGAGGAAAAUAUUAAAAAAAUAUUUUAAAAAAUCAUCAUUAGUGAUAAGGAAAAUUUAUAUGAUCAUUUGAAAAAAACAAUAAAUUAAUGGUAUAAUUAAGGCGAAAUUAACAGUAGCUUUGAAAUGCUUUGUAACAGAGAUCGCAUUUACUCCCUUUCUAAUUGUUAAGUUAAUCUUGAAAAAUAUUAGCUUUACAUUUCAGAAAUUUAGGUUGAUUAAUAGUAAUGUCUUUUAAUAUUAUUUAAUACUCAAGAAGAUGCUAGUACAUUUAAUUAAUAUAAACACAAAAUGAUAAAUUCAAUCUCACAUGACCUCAAAACACCUCUAAACGGUAUGAUUUUACUCCUUGAUAUACUAAAGGAGCAAAUUAAAAAUAAUUUUUUAAAGCCUUCUGAUUAAAAAUUUCCAUCCUUUCUAAGUGUAUCUCCAUUAUCUGCUAAUGUUAAAAUUUAAUCAAAUGAAUAGAACGCAUCAAGUUCCCACUAAAUAAAUUUAAUUUUAGUAAAUAAAUAAAAUUCACAAUAAAUAUAAAACUCUUCAGUUAAUAUUUUGAAUAUGGACGGAUAAUUAAUCAAAUAAGAUUCACAAUUCGACACUGCAGAAGUAUUACAAUUUAAUUAAAAUAAAGAGUAAAGCCAAAACAACUAUAAUACAGAUUAAAAAAAUUAAUAAAAAUAUUAAAAUGAAACUAAAGAAUAAUCAAAUGUUUUGCCUGGAAAUAUAUAAUUAAUGAAGAAUUCCCAUUCUGAUAUUGUAAAUAUUGAUAAACCCAAAGACUUUUAACAUAAAUUGUAACACUCUAUGAGUUAAAUUUAAGAGAAUCAAAUUUUAAAAAUAUAAUAGAAGAGUCUCAAUAAUAAUGAAUAAUAAUAGUAACAGUAGCAAUAUGUAUAUAAUGUCAAAAAGUAAUCUUUUAUUAAUAAAUAUGAGCCAAAUAUGAGCACAAGCUUACUUCCACUUCAAGAAGAAGAAGAAAUAUUUUUUGAGGAUUAAAAAAAAAGUAGAAGAGAUACUUUAACUGAUGAUGACUGGUUCGUUUAAAGCUCUCUAAAAGCAGCUACACAUAAUCAUCUUUACCAUAAUAAUUUUAGCAAUUAGUAAGUUUACAAAACAUUUGUUCCAUCUCCUUGCUCUUCUAAAGUAAAAAAGGCUGAACAGUAAGAAUAAGUAAUCAAGAUAUAACCCUCAAAGCAAGACUCUUCCAUGCAGUAAAUAAAAUUAGGAUCUGAUUUGAAAAUGAAUGAAUUAAAAUAAAUAUCAAAUCACACAUUUCAAGAGGACAGCUUUGGUACAUCUGAUAAAUUGCAUAAUAAUUUUAUAGUCAUCAAGGUUCCUGAGUCUAAUCACAGCUUAACAGAAGGACAAACUAUAACAGAACAUCACCCAUUUUUAUAAUAAAAUAAUCAUUUUUAAACAACAUAGAGUGAUAAUGAGGAUUAGCUUGGAAAUUUUAAAUUAAAAAAAAAUAAACUGAUACUUACAGACAUAAAUAAAAAUCAAGAUUAGAAUUAAUCCAGCUCAUAAAGCUCUACCAAUAAAAGCCCAGACUUUCUUGAGCCAACUCUAAAAUAAAAUUAAUUGUUAAUUCAAGGAUAGUUAUAAUAAUAACAACAGCAAAUUAAUAAACCUAAAUUAUUUGAAGACUAAUAAAAUAAAUAUGCUAAGGAUUAGAAUGAUGAAAAUAUUCAGAUCUUAGAAACAGAUGAAGCUCACAAUUAAGUUAAGUUUACUUAGAUAUAAGAUAAUUAUUUAGCUAAGAUAUCUCCAGUUGGUUGUUCAGUUUAAAAUUCAAGGUAAUUUUAAGCUAAAGAUAAAACACAAAACAAUAUGAGCUUUUAUUAAGAAAAGAAAUAUAAUAAUCAAAAUCUAAAAAUUUAGCUGCACAAGGAAUUUUCAGAAUCUUAAUUAUCCCCUCAAAAGAGUAAUCUUGCUGUUAAUUAGCAAGAUUUAGUAAAUGAUUCGCCUAACCAAAAUUUAUUAUUUACUCCUUAAACAUAAUAUUCUUAGUAAAUUUAAAAAUAACAAGAAUUAAUUUCAAUAAAUCAGGACAUUUUUAGCAACAAUUAAGCUGAAAGUUAGCAAAAAAUUACUCAAUAAGAAAAAGAAAUUGCAAGAAAUUCGUUUAAUACCAUGUAGAAAUAACAAAUCCCAGCAGAGUAAAACUCAAAUAUUAAUUUAAUUUAAUCUAAAUCAAACAACUAAAACAAUAAUUAAUCAACAAACACUUCAAAUAAACAACUGACUGGAAGUUCUCCAUCAUCAACCCAGUAAGGAUAUAAGCAUUAAUUAAAAGAUUAAUAGGUAGAAUCUUAAAAAUAAAUUAUUCAAAUGAAAUCACUUUCAAAUACUUCGAUAUCUAACAAUACACCAAAGAGUGAAAUCUUAAUUUUAAGCAAAGAAAAAAUGAUAAGCAAUAAUUCAUAAGAUAAUAUACAAUAACUUUAAAAUACUGAAAAUAUUUAGCGCUUGAAUAACAAAAUAUUUUCUUCAACCCCAAAAAAUUAUAGUCAGUUCCACAGUUGCAAUGAUACAGGAUUAAAGAAAGAUUCAUUAAAUUAAGACCAAACUCACGAAGAUUAAAAUACUAAAUAACCAAAAGAUAUAUUUAAAUUCUAAGUGAUGAAUGAAAAAGAUAGAAUCACAGAAAUAGAAGAAAAGUCAAUUGAAGGAGAUAUAUACUCUUCAAUUUAGAAAAAUUAUUUUGCAAAAGUAGAUGGAUAAUAAGAAAUUUCACCAAACUAAAAUAAUAAAAAAAUGUAAGAGUAAUAAUAAAAUUUUAAAAGUUUAAAAUAAUUGCCAAAAAAAUCUAUAUCAAAUAUAAAUAAAUUCUAGUAUUCUAAAACCACGGGGAUAGCAUCUUCCCUUUCUAUACCUUUUAAUAUUUAAAACUCUUAGAGAUCUUUUACAUAUUCAUAUAGCGGAAAUGAAAGAAAAUUUAUUUCUAAAAUAAACUAAAAGAAUGAAACAAAAGAAACAAUCUUUAAUUAGACUCCAAAUUAAUUAGUUAAAAGCAAUAGUUAGAAUUAUUUUACAAGUACAACAUUGAGAGAUAUACAUAUAUUAUAUUAGUAUAUAUGCAAUAUAUAGAAAAAUGGUUAUCUCUUGGAGUCAAGAAUCAAUGAUUUGAUAGACUAUUCUACGCUUUUAAAUAAAAAUGAUCUCAGCUUGAAUUGUACAUAAUUUGACCUAAUGGAAAUCCUCACUGAAAUGAGAGAGCUUUUCGAGCUUCAAGCAAAAAAGAAGAACUGUAAGCUAAUCAUUCCAAAUUUAAAGCUUGAUUUGAAAAAUGAUAAGCCAAGAAUAAAACAAAUUCUUAUUAAUAUCAUUGGAAACGCUAUUAAAUUCACAUUCGAAGGAUUUGUAAGGAUUAUAGUCUAAAACUGUGAAUCUCCAUCAAACCUAAUAUAAAUAAUUGUUUAAGAUACAGGAAUAGGAAUUCCUGAUUCAAUUAAAAAAAAUAUUUUAAAUUUUGCUGCCCAUAUUUAAUAAGUAAAAGAUGACAACAGGCAAGGAGUUGGAAUCGGUCUAGAAAUUUGUUCAAGACUCUGUUAAAUUAUAGGACCUCUAGAUUAGGAAAUAUAGGUAGAGUCUAAAGUUAAUAUUGGAAGUAGUUUUUCAUUUUUAAUCUACUUAAAUCAUCCACUCUACAUAGAGGAAAGAGAUUUAUCCUCAAAUCAUUAUAAUCAAAAGAGAAGAAGGAGAUAACAAAUUUCAUACACAACAAUUAGAUCAGAAAUAGAGCACGAAAAUAAUAUUUAAAUUCCUUUGUUUGAAACGAAGCACAACUUAUUAGCUAAAAAAUAAUCACCAUAAAGUUAGAAUUUAGAUUAAGCCCCAUAGAACAGCAAAGAUUAAAUAUAGGAAAUUGGAGAGACUCAAAUUAAACACUUAGAAAGCAGCAAUACUUCAAUACUUGUGAAAAAAGAAGCUAAUAUAUUAAAUGAUUAAAAUGAUACAAUAUUAAUUGUUGAUGACGUGGCUUUUAAUCUUAUAGCGCUUAGAAAUACUUUAAAAUUAAUAUAUCCUAAUUUAAAUAUAUUAGAAGCCUAAAAUGGCAAAUAAGCUGUAGAGAUAGUGCAUGAGUAUAAUGGAAAGAUUGAUUUGAUAAUCAUGGAUAUUAAUAUGCCUAUCAUGGAUGGGUUUUAAGCCAUUUCUAUUAUAAAUUAAGAAAUCAAAGAUUAAGUUUUAGAAUACGUACCAAUAAUAGCUCAUACAGCUUUUGAUAAUAAUGAAGAUAAAUAAAAAUGCUUUUAACUUGGUGCAAAAGGAUUCUUACCUAAACCAGUGAAAAAAAUAGAAUUAGAAAAGUCAGUUCGUGCAUUUUUAAGCCCUCAAUCUUAAUAAAUUUGA